AUGCCGUCUCUCGGUAUGAACAAAACCUGGCAGCGCUUACUGUCACUCAAGCCCAGGAAGCCUGACCAGGAUCAACCCACUGGCAUUAGUAGGAUUGAUUCCACGUUCACUGAUGAAGCUUGGAAUGAGUCUGGUCUCUUCGAGGCUCACUCCGAUGCAGAAACACAGCCAUAUGGCACCCAAGAUGCCUCUCGGCUCGUCGGCCAUGUGCAAUUAUCAAGUCUCCACUACAAGCCAUUGAAUGAAGCGAAGCAGGAUAUCCGGAUUCUCAAUAUCACAUCCGGGCCGAGCGCUGAAGAUAUUGUCUGCACUUUGGAGCACUUCUCUUGCUCUCAGAAAUAUCCAAAUUACACUGCACUGUCGUACUGCUGGGGCACUCUUGCUAAUGCUGUAUCAAUUACUGUUGACGGUGCCCCGGUCUUGGUCACAAUCAACCUGGCAGCAGCACUCAGAGCUCUUCGCUCGAACGGCCAUUCCAAUAUCUGGGUUGAUGCAAUAUGUAUUAAUCAGAAUGACGAGACCGAAAGAGGUCAGCAAAUCUUACGAAUGAAAGCCAUCUACAGAAAUGCUUCCACAACCAUAGCUUGGCUGGGACCUGAUCACAAGAACCAAGCCGCUGUUGCUUUUCAACGGCUCAAGGUACUUGCAGCACGGAAGCCCGAAGACGAGUUUGAGAAUGCCAUUGCGGCACUUUUUACUGGCUAUACAGCCUGGCGGAAUGACCCUGGAUGGUCUUCCGUCAAAGUCUUGAUGGACUUUGCAUAUUGGAAGCGGACAUGGAUCAUCCAAGAAUUGGCUCUUUCGCGGUCCGUUCUUUUCUGGUGGGGACAGUCUUCGAUUGGUCUUGAUUUGCUUGAUACUGCCAUGGCAAAUUUACGGGAGAGGAAACCCAAAGACUAUUUCGAGAGUGGCUACAAAGACAUUCUGUAUCUCUUGGUUAUCGUCGGAAAGACACGCAGCAAACAUGGUCGAGAUUCAAAGGGCAUGAACCUCGAUAGACUCCUAACGUUCUCUUGUCGGUCACUUGCGACCGAACCUAGGGACAAGAUCUUUGGCGUUCUUGGAUUGAGCUCUGAUGGCUCUGCAUUGAUUCCGAAUCCCGACUAUCGAAAGCCUCUUGACACGAUUCUACGUGAACUCACAACCUCGAUGCUACUUCGCCAUGAUAGCAAGAACAAAGUUGGACCAUCAGAUCUGAUCUGUAUCGACAACCCAACAGGUCCAAAAAGACCUGAGCUGCCGUCUUGGGUGAUAGAUUGGACGAAGAUUUGGAAAGGGCCGGCAGGCAAUUUCUGGGCUUCCAGUGUUGAGCGAGGCUUCCAGUCAGGAUACUUAGCUUCAGGCAAAUCAAACGCUAAUCCACUAUUUUCCGAGGAUGGAAUGACCCUGACGAUUCGUGGAUAUGUUGUUGACCGUGUGUGUAGCUUGAGUGCUGUGUAUCUCAUCGGUGGCAAUAAGCCAAAGGCUUUUCUCAGCGAAGGCAAGUCAGGCUCGGCUCUCCAGCAUUCUAUAGGUCAAAAUGUUUACGGAGGUGAGCGCGGUCUUUUCGAAGCGAUUUGGCGCAGCCUCAUUGCCGACAGGAUUGCACACAAGAAGGGCGAACUGUCGACUAAGCAGGCACCAUCGUCGUAUGGCAGCCACUUCGCUCGUAUAUGGUCCGGAGACCUCGAGCGACCGCAAGGCGAGCGGCUCAGACACACAUAUGACUGCAUUACAGCCGUAAAAUCAUUUGAAAUCUACGGACGGACAUUGGAAGAUUGGUCUCGCUUCAACCCACCCGAAUCGAAUGCACCGGACAAACAUGCAGAUUACGACGAGAUUGGCAUACAGGAUUUUGGAGUUGGCAGACCCAUGCCUGGAUUCGAACCCAAUGGAAUGGAAUUUGUAUACGCCUGCAAGUUUCGAGAUAUGUUCCACCGAAGAUUGCUCACGACACGCAAGGGUUAUGUCGGUCUAGCUCAUGCUCAAUCGGAGAUUGGUGAUAUGAUCUGUGUGCUUGAGGGCUGUACUAUCCCCAUGACUGUCCGACCUUGUAACCGCGGGUUUAGGCUUGUGGGCGAUGCCUAUGUUCAUGGCAUCAUGAAUGGAGAAUUCUGGCAAGCACAGCCCCUAUCAUCAAUACAGGAGUUCGACCUCAAGUGA